AGUUCGUUUUCGCCUUCCGUGAGAUGAAGUCAUUCUGUGGGAUUCUUCUUUUCACUUUUUUCCUAAGCCAAGAGGCUACUUCCCAAUUCCUGGAGCAGCCAUGUGGAACUUCAAUUGGAUUUAAAAUUAACGGUGGCACAAACGCGAUCGAAGAUAAUGCCGGCUGGAUGGUAGCCAUUUCAAGUGCCAGGCAGUUCCUGUGUGGCGGCACGCUGAUUCAUCAUAGCUUUGUUCUGACUGCAGCGCAUUGCUUGAAUGACGGAUACGAGCUGUUCGUCCACUUGGGGGCUUACAACAAGAGCACUUACGCCGCUAGGCUCGGAGUAAGUAAGUACAUUCAGCACCCUGAAUACCGAAGAGGGCGGUCCACAGGAAAUGAUAUAGCGCUGCUUAAACUGUCCAGCAGUGUCAAAUACGAACGCCGUAUCCAACCAAUUUGCAUUUAUUUGGAUAAGACAAUUAAGGAUGCUGUAGAGGGCGAGCAAACAUUUAGUGCCUUUGGCUGGGGCCAUAAGAACGGCCGUGAGAGCGAAAUACUUCAAACCAUCGUUCUGAACCGGAAAAGCCGUGAAGUGUGCAACAGGGAAUUUGGCGUCAUUCAUAGUAUGAAACAGAUCUGCGCAGGAAGCCCUUCUGGCGACACCUGUCUGGGCGAUUCUGGAGGUCCAUUGACAGCCACUUUAACCAACAGUGAAAACAAUUCUCUAGAAGCACAGUUCGGGAUCAUAAGCUACGGAACUCGAUCGUGCAAUGGACUGGGAGUGUAUACCGAUGUGAUGAGCUAUGUCGAUUGGAUUUAUAGAACAAUUCAUAGCUAUGAUACCCAAACAAUGGUAAAUCCCCCACCAUUUAUCCCCCUAAAAUCUUCAGGCUCAGGUCCUCCGAUGGAUUAUCCGGUGAGACAACCUGCGGCUCAACCGGUGGUUCAACAGGUGUGGCCGGUUCAGCCAGGAGGUCCGUACAGUCAAAGGAUUCCUCCAACAGUUCAUCCAGUGGUUUAUCCGGUAGCCGCUCCUCCGGUCGCCUAUAGAGGCUGCAGUGAAGAUAAUAUGAGAACGAUCAUGCGGCCUACCAUUUAUGGCCCUGGUUUUAAGGGCGUGGGCGUGCUCAUUACAGACCGAUUCGUUCUCACCAUCGCCACGGACUUGCCAGAAACCGCAGCCUCUUUAGAUGUGUCGGUAAUGAUGGGAGAAAGCUAUGCAGUAUUCAGAGUUGAAGCGGUUUUAAAGCACCCAAAAAAUACAGACGAUUACAAGAAUGAUAUAGCACUACUCAAACUGAUUGGAGCGGUAAACAUCAAAGAUGGUAUCAAACCUAUAUGUCUAGCGGGCCCAGGAGCCCCUGGCCAUAUCGAAGGGUAUCCCUUUGUUUUUGAUCAAGCGAAGGGUGAAGCACACAGCCUUCAGACCUUGACCAGCCGAAAGUGUUCAGAAUAUGUCGGAUCUGAUAUCGAUGAAAACCAAUUUUGUGCAGAAGAUCCUUCAGAUACAAAUCAUUCCCUCGAUAAGCGUGGAGACAUUCUGGUAGCAACACUGAAAACAUACGGCAUCGUGCGAUACUAUUUGUUGGGAAUUGUCAGUUAUUCAGCUGAAGGAAUUCACGUAUACACAAAUGUUAUGCGAUUUGGGGAUUGGAUCACCUCUACCAUUAAUAAGGAGCUAAAUCAAUAACAAUUGCUCUGUAUGGGAGUUAAAAGAUUUCAAUAAUAAAACCGCAUUGGAUACUUUGUGAGUUUCUACAAAAAACUGUUUACUUUGCAUACAAAUAUGUGCAUUUUUGUCGAUGGGUUUUUGAAACUUUAACAAAAAUGUAUCUUUGGCAACACUAACUAAA